CCAUCACGUGCGCAAGACGGCAUUAGAAUUUGGAAACCCUUUCAGCGAAUUUACCGAGUCGUAGGCACCGUAACCUUGAAUUCAAAGGAAGCGCCGAGGUAAAACAUGAGCAAAUCCUUCCUUACCAGUGUUCCUUUCAUCGACUUCUUCUGGGGCUAUGUUUUUUUCGUGCACAUACAAUGUCGAGGCACUCUUGGAAUUCCUACUGAGUCGAAGUUACCGGAAUUUAAGGAGCUCUGCUUCAGGAGAUGUGACAUUGGCCUUCAUGCGGAUGACAAGGGAAUAUCGAGUAAAGAGGUACAAAGCAUUGCAGCGAUGUGCAUGUAGAACCUUCGCAGUUUAACAAUUCAGCUCGACUGCAUGUGUAAAUAAUUUUUUUGCUUAAAUUUUAAAAAGCGGCACCUCUCUGAAGUUGUUGUGUUAUUGUCCUAAGAAAUUCUAGUAGCAGUCCUAAUUUGUUUGCGCAGCCUCUUUUCACAAUCUACGUUAGAGUAAUUAACGCGUAGAAUUUUGUCGAGAUUCUGGUCAUAAAUUUAUUCGUAUCGAAAAUUACAUCUCAACUGUCAAGAUGAAUAUUGUAUAAUAUUUGGCAUUUCCAACCUCUCGCAAGAGCGACAACAAGGUCGUUAUGUUUCGAGGUCGUUAUGUUCUGCACGGGCUUGCUCGCAUUUUCAUUUGAAAACAUUGAUAGAAUUACUUACUGAAAAUUUCUUUAGUUGUGAGGCGAUCGAUAUAUCGUAUUCUAGCUUUUCGUAGCAAAUUAUCAAUUAAUCAUAGCCCUUAGAGCUGUUUACCGAGUACUUUUCUCCAGUCACCGAUAUCAAUUGAUAACAAAUGUUCACAUGUUCGAAAUUGUCUGUAAACAGAAGAGUCCAUGACCGUAAACAAUGGACUCUUUCACACAGCCGUGGGAUCUUGAAGGAACAAAACAAGCCCUGGCGACUCAAUAGCGCAGCCAAACAUGUUUACUCUAUUGUGCUUGAAUGCCAAGAACUGACGAACAAGAAUUAAUCUUAAGCUGCUUAAAGCUAUUUAAAGCCAUGAACUUUGGUAAAUUUCUAUCGUCAAUGCACUAUCUUAUCCGAUAUGGUGAGCUUGAUGACUGGAUUAGUAGCAGCUCCCCAAUCAGCUCGAUCAAUUCGCGAAGCAACAAGCCCGCAACACGUGUAUGUCGCCAUGGCUGUCAUCGUUGAUUAAAGAAAGCUUAUCUCGGCUGUUUAAGUAAUGGUUGCUAAUAACACCGAAGAACAAAGAAAACGUCAGGAAAUACAUGAAUUAAUAAUUAUUCGAUAGCGCUGUAGUCAUCAAAGUAAUUAUCUUCUUCCCUUUUUUUUCCUGUUAUUAUUAUCAUUGUUUUUGUGGUUUUGUUUUGUUUAUUUCUUUUUCUGUCCCUACCUUCCUCAUCACUUUUUCUUGGAUAUUACGCCUUGAGGAUAUUUCGGUUUUGGUGGAAUCACGUUGCUUUUCAUGUUCAGGCUCCCUUCUUUAUUAGAAGAAGUAACAGUCAUAAAUAAACGAUCCACUAAUGUCGCCAGAAGUCUGUACAGAGUAAACCGAUAUGUCUGAUCUUCUUUGGUCCGUUAAAUGAGAAAAAUUAACACUCAUAAGCGCACAAAUACAACACAAGAAAACGAAAUGCAACCAGAAAAAAAAAUGUUAAAAACAAACAAGUAAAAAACACAAGUUUCCCCCCCCCUCCAAAAAAAGGAACUUUCCGUCUGCGAACGUGCGCUUGAUUUUCAAACCUUGACGCAAAUUGCACAUUUUCUAGAUCCUUAAUUAAAAUUUUAAUUUUAUAAUUUCCACUUAGACUGUCUGGAUACGUCAGUCGCAAUUACAGACAUAAGCCGAUCUCAGGACUCACUCACCCGCACGAUCAGACAAUACAAUCUACGGGUUCAAAUCAUUGAUCGUGUAUGUAGACAGAUAUGUUUCAAAACGGUCGAUUUAUUAUUUUCUUGCAGAUGUCUAGUUUUGAAGCUUGUUUCGAAAGGUGUCUUUCUGAGAAAGGUAAGCUUUUAAAAUCAGAACCUUGUUUUUGACCAGACAGGUCAAAGCGGAAAGGAUUAUCCCUCAGUAAAUUUCUCGACAGAAAUUUCUAUAGUAACAACAUUAAUUUUUGGGUUUAUCUUAAAAAGACAGAGAUACUGAAAUUUGACAGCCACUUGAAAACUUAGUGAAAAAUAUAGACAUGACUAGAGGGCGUUGUGGCGUGUUCCUUCCAUACAAUUGGCUAAUUUCCUACGUGAAACUAAAUUGGCAGGAUGUGAUGUGAUCAUUAAAUAUUAUACGCUGAAUAUUUUUGAGCCACAAUUUUCACUUUAUAGAAUUGCUGUUUAAAACCAACUGCUUGUGAGAAAAAUAUAUUUCCAACGAAAUCAGUGCUGCAAAAAGUUCAUUUUGCUAGACUUCAUAUUUCAUUUGCUAGACCCUGAAGGCCUCCAACUUUUGGAAUCGCGUAAUUCUAUGGCAAACCUGAAUUAGGGGUUCAUUUGGCUACCCAUUUAGUACGCAGGAUAUUGUGAAAAUUCACUCCUUUUAUGAGUUUUUUUCUUCUCCUUUGUUCAUAGGGGAACUAAGCGCUAUUUCGAAUGAUCAGAAAGCUUUGACUAAUAAAGAGAAGACGGCACCCUUCAAGAGAACCAGACGCGGUUAGUCAUUACUCAUGAUCACAUCACUAGAUCGCGUGCGGGAGAAACAACAUCAUUGGUAGUUUGAAUAAAUAUAAGCAACUUAACGGUGCGUUGGUGCUAACUAAUUACCAUACCCUUCUCAUUUCCUGACUAGUAUUUGGAAAGAAAACUACGAUUGUUAACUGAUAAAUUUUCAUAAUAGAAAUCUUCUUCUAUGCCGUUGAAGUAAGGUGACGGUUAUCGCUUAAAAAUAUUUUAAGAAUAAAAGCUCAAGGGAAGUGGAAUAAAGAUUGCUUGAGGACCUAACUCAUGCGUUCCUCGUCGUUCCAGUCAUAUCUUCCCCCACUUUGGCAGGGGGCUGAAUAAUGCUUAACUCUUCUUUCGGUGAUUAAUUCCAUAUACAGAUGCCUCAAGCCACACAGCCAGUCAGAAUUCUGUAAUAAAAUAUGGUAAGGUGAAAUUCUACUCUUGUAAUGAAUUAAGAUUAUACACCAAUUCCAUUUUAGAGGGGAAAUAUCUAUAUUGCCUCUACACUGCAUGGAGGCUCUGUUACAUAUCAUGCUUCCAUUCUUCCUCGAAACUCAGUGAUCACAUUCGACUUAUGUCACAAAAUGAUGAUAACAGACAUAAGCCUUACAAUAAUGACUAGCAAUGAGUGAAGAAUUGAAGAGAAUUCAGUCGGUAAUUAAAUCCCGCGAAUAACUACUGAAUUUCCUAAAAAUGGCCCUGUUUCUGCAAAUCGACGAAGACUGAGUGACUUGCUCCCUUUUGCUUAUCAUAAUUAUGCUAAUUCUAGAACUGUGAGCUGCCUUUUUUUAUCUGCCGUUUUUUCGUCGAUCUUUUGUCAAAGUUUUCCAAAUUAGUCUUUACUGCUUCUCUGGCGCAACCUAUUCCGCAACCGAGAGUUCUCAACACCUGAGCAUCAAUUUCUUUGCCGUUAAUCUCAGCAUAGUCAAGCAUCGCGAGACAAAAUGAGCUCCUAGCUGUUAUUUCAUUCCUUGGUUCUUCAAGCACCCAGUCUGACUCAAGAUUCUUUUUCCUGCGCACCGUCUCUUUAAUCGGGUAAUUCUCGUUUGUUAUCUUCAUCCUAUUAGUCCUUAGGGUAAUUUAGGAAUUAACAAAUAAUUCAGUUAUCUAUUUCAUUUGAUUUAGUAAUUUUUUUUUGUACCAUUUGUUGCAUUUUCUGAAGGCUUUGACUGUUACAAUGGCAGUGCGAACAGUACUUCCCCUGCUAUGAUUGCUUCCGGUGUAAAGAUAAUGUUCCAAGAACUAAAUGGCACGAAAGGAUUCCAAGGAAAAAUAUCAUGGAAACCUCUGCAAAGUAUGUAAACCUUGAAAAUUUUAUAGCUCAUUAGCUCUUUUUUUUUCCUUUUGUGGAUGAAAAAACAACUGAAGUAAUUAUAAAUUUUACCUAAUGGAUCUAACCUAUUGCUUGUCCCCCUUCCUCUAAGCUGAAGGGAGCUGGGGCGCUCUAUUUGAAGCCCACUUUCUUGUUUCGUUUACAUAAUGAAUCCCUGGCGCAUGGGGAGGGGAGGGGGGGGGGCAUUUUUUUUAAAGCAUUUUGUUUCGUUGUGGUUUGUGUUAUCGGCGGGACCGGAAGAUUGCAAAUCGGAACACCAUGCUCCAUAAAGUGGCAUGAAACAAUUUCGAAUGUACUAUUUACAAGAGAUUUCGGAUUUUUCGAAAAGUUUUCGGUAAAUCAUAAACGCCUCAUGUCCCCUGAAAAGAACGAGGAAUAGCCGAUCGGAAUCAGCGGUUAUUACAUUGAAUAUAUAAUUUUACGGAACUUCAUCAUCACCAUUCUUCAUCAUGGUGAAUGACCACUAGUUUUCCUUACGAUUUUACACUUUUUUUUGAUAGAUGAUGGUGUUACUUGGACCAAGUACAAAAUAAUAUCUGUAUAUAUGGCUAGUAAUCACGUCGAAUGUACGGAACUUGAUAAGGUGAGGUGUAGCUUAUAACAGUCAUAUAGAUUAUUUCCACAAACCUGUCUGAAAAAAAAAUGCCAUUUAGCAAUUCUGCCUAAAUCGUCAGUGUAAUCUUCCCACCCUCCCCACCCCUACCCCUCUCCUUAUUUUUGACCGACGACCGCCCCCUUGGUACAUAUUUCUUUCUCUUCCCAGCCUUCCGUUGUCACUAAAAUCAAAGAUGGCGGUCAUAGUUUUCGUUAGGAAAAUGCUGAGCACUCGCUCAGCCAAAUUACGCCUGCUCUGCAGGCUAAUUGUCUAUACUCAUUCUGAUCAUACAAUUUUCGUCAAAAAUUAUCUAAACUAACGUAAAUUUCACCACAGAGACUCCACGGUGAGCGAGGUCUAUAACGAAGUUCAUAUGACACGCGACCUGCAUACUGCUAGGAUCAGCAAUGUCGAUAGCGUAAUGUUUGUAGAUGGAAAUAUAGGAGGGAUGGUAAGUUUUGAGCUCGGUAAAGAAAUAAAGAAAGAUGUUUUUCGUCUUGCUACGAGCGUGGGACAAAGAAAAAUUCUGGCUCAGUGGUAGAGUAUCGGAGCGCGGAAUCCGAAGGUCUGAGGUUCGAUUCCUCAUUAGGACUUUUUUCUUUGUCCCACGCUCGUGACAAGACGAAAAACAUCUAUCUUUAUUUCUUUACCGAGCUCAAAACUUACCAUCUCUCUUAUUUUUUCAUCUGCAAACAUUACUCUAUCGACAUUGAUGAUCCUAGCAGUAUGCAGGACGCGUGUCAUAUGAACUUCGUUAUAGAUCUCGUUCACCGUGGUCUCUGUGGCUCAAUGGUAGAGCAUCGGAGCGCAGAUUCCGAAAGUCUGAGGUUCGAUUCCUCAUGGGGGCUUCGAUUUUUUUCUUUCUCAUAAGACGAAAAACAUCUUUCUUUUUAAUGUGAACUUGUUUUCCCAGCAAAGUUUUGAACAUUUUUGACGUUAGUAAUUUCCAUUAUUGACAAUAGUUAUUGUGGAAAAUGCAGAAAAAAAUCAAAGAAAAAGGAAAGUUCAGAACACGAAAAGUUUUUAAGGUCAGCCAGACACUACUCAAUUGCGUUUUCCAUUCUUUCAUCCAAAUUUGUUGUCGGUCUUGCGAUAAAGUUUGACUCGAGCGGAAAUGAUUCUCAGGGUCAAACAAAAAGUUGUUUGUCAUAAGCACUAACUAAGUAUCUUAAUUUCUCGCUUUUAGAUACUAAAGAAAGACCUUGCUUUCGAUAGAAUUGUAGAAAAAACUUUCAUGAGAUAACAGUGUCCACUAAUAUCUUAAUUAAUUCUCCAUCUUUCUUUUUUCCCCGUUUGCUAAACUCGACUACUUCUCUAAAGGCUUGUAUUCGAGUUUGAAAAGAUUGCAAGAUCUACGGAAUCUAUAGACCAAUUGCAGUCACUGUCACCGGGCAAAGUCCUCUCCAGAGCUACCCUCGCCCGAACGCCUCCCAUCUUUCUCCUCAACUCAUAACGAAUUUACUGUACUUGUUCAUCACUCAAACGCGUGUACACGUUUUUUCAGAAAGUCACAACAUAUACAAUUACCGACUCUUCACAUGGCAUAAUGAAUAAUUCGGAGGUUUACGUAUUGGUAAGUGUCAGCUGGUAAGCAUUACCUUUAUCGCAGGGAAGAGUCGGCUCUUGAACCUUCACCUCCUAAAGGUGAUUUUAAAACGGAAAAUAAAUUAAUGCGUUGCGUGUUGUCUUCAAAGAACUCAGAUUCUCCUCAAUACUUCUCAGGGAAAUGUGUGUCAAGAUAACUUUAAACUGAACUAGCUUAGUGAAAACCACCAAUUCGUUGUCUAAAAAGGGUUUUACCGAUUUCCUGUUCGAAAAUUGUAGUGGAGGGCUAAGGAGACGUAGUUGAACUUAUCACUUGAACUUAUUUGGGAAAAAAUAUAUUCAAUUUUUAAAAAAAACUUAAAGCACGAUCCGGCACAAAAAAUGUUAAUUAUUGCGUACGACAAGUUAAUAAGUCGAGCGAAUAUUAAAGAUGCAAAAAAAAUUAUGUUGUGGGAAACGACAGUGGGUACGAAACGACCGGUAAUCAAGUCAGGAAGAUGACGAAAAAGCUCUCAAAACUGAAAAAGGUUCUCCUGUCUAUCGGUCAACACAAAAUUCAAAUCCUAAUUAACUUGAGGAGUGUCAAUGUGUGGUAUAUAUUACCUGAUCCGCUGAGUACGAUGGACCCAUGAACAUAUCUUGCGUUGAUCGCCUAUAAUAUCUUCAUUCAUCUUUAGGUCGCCUCCUACCCACAUUCGAACGACCUGGCUAGACAUUUUGAUAAAUUUUUGUGUAAGUAAUUUUUUUAAAUUGAUAUCUUCAUUCAUGCUAAGUAGUCCAAAAUUUUUGUACAUUUCUAGUUGUUUUUUUUUAAUUUAUUUCAUGAAUUAAAAAGGUUUGUCAUAGCAGCAGAAGAUCGCUUGUCACUCUCAUAUGAUUUUCCUUUUUUGUAGGGUGCAAAGUUCCAAAUGCCUGCCAAGGUUGGUACUGAGGAUGUAUAUCUGAAAAUAGCUUCAUAUAAUGACUACACUGUAUAUUUGACAAAUUUUUUAAAUCGAUAUCUUUUUGUAAAAAGCGGAUACGAAACAUUUGCUGAAAUGUUCUUGUGAAAAAGCCGUAGUAAACUCGGUAAUUGUAUAUAAAUUUUUCAAAAAUCCUUAGUCAAUGCAUAUUUUAUACAGAAUAUUGGCUUAUUAAUAGUGCACCCAUACCCAAACGUUGGACUUUGGAUAGUGUUUUUAGUUCUAAUCAACUGUGGCCUUACCGUAACUGGUUGCCAUGUUUUCUUUCGGCCAUUUGAAACCCUCUCCAGAAAUGCUUUUGUUUCUCUAUCACGAGUACUGAAGUUUCUGUUAAAUAGGUUAUACCUGUCCUUGGGUAAAUUUGGGAAAAAAUACUGCUGCACAUAAUGCUCCAGAAUUCGAGACCUUUUAAUUUAUAUCUCCGCAAUCUGAAAGUAUGUCUGAAGAUAUAAUAACUUGAAGUAGCCUAACCUUCCGAAGGUUUUCCUCAUUAUCGCCAUAAAUUUGAUUUCGACAACCACCAUAUUGAGAACAUCAUGCGCACUUUUUGUUCUCCCUCUUUCUAAAAAACGCCUGCCGCUUAAAAAUAAAGGAUGAGGUCACAGCAUUUCUUCAUUUUCGGAAAUAUUGAAGUCCUUGUCCUCUCACUUUGUUUGUUUUCAAGUGAGGUUUAGUCCACUUUUCAUAUACAGCUUAUAUUAUACAGUGUUCAUUAUCAAACAUUCUUGCAGCAUGUAACAUGCUCUUUCUUCUAACAUGAGACUUCCAUCAAAUUAUUGUCAUGAAGUAAAGAUGAUGAUCAUAAUUAUCUUUGCCACUGACCUUGCCACAGUCAGCGAUAUUAUCAUCAUCAUCAUCGUCAUUAUUAUCAUCAUCAUUGUUCAUGUCAUUGUCAUCGUUAUGUCGUAGUCAUUGUUAUUGUGACCCCAAAGUAAACAACGGGGAUGAGCGAAUAAAUUCCUGCCGCUUAAAAAUAAAGAAUAAGUUCACAGUAGUUCUUAAUUUUUUUAAAAAAGGAGCCACAUUCUGAUGUUAGGAAACCAAACGGUAUUAAUUUUCUCUUAUUUUUGUUUUUUACCAGAUUCGACUACAACACCACCGCCCAAAGGUGAGCUGAUCACAAUUUACAAUAUUUACAGAAGCCUCUGCCGUGGUUAUAUAGUUUUGAGAUGAACACAAGAUAAAUUAUAUUAUUUUUUGACUUUUCAAACAAGAAACAAUGCACUCAAUUAUUUAGAAAUUUUAAUGUUUUCUCUCGAGAUAUAUAUUAAAUACAUAUAUUCGUGUGGAAAAGCCGUAUUAAAUUCGGUAAUCGAAUACAAAUUCUUCAAAUAUAUAUUUUCGUGUGGAAAAGCCGUGGUAAAUUCGGUAAUUGAAUACAAAUUCUUCAAAAAUCCUUAGUCGAUUGGUUUUUUUACAAAAUAUUGACUUACUUAUGGGACGCCCACACCCAAACGUUGAACUUUGGAUAGUGUUGUUGAUUCUAAACAACUAUCGCCUUACUGUAACUGGUCGCCAUGUUUUCUUUCGGCCAUUUGAGACUUUCUCCAGAAAUGGCUUUGUUUGUCUUUCUUUACAACAAAAGUUUCUGCUAAUUAGGUUAUACCUGUCCUUGGGUGGUGAUUGGAAAAAAUUGCUGCUGCACAGAAUGCUCCAGAAUUCGAGACCUUUUAAUUAAUACCUCCGGAAUUUAAAAUAUGCGUGAAGAUAUGAUAAACUCUACUUAUUCUGUGCAAGGCAUUUUCGGAUUGUAAGAUCAAAUGAACAAAGCAGGCGAUAGCGGGCCGACGGAUCUUCUUGAAACACCAAUAUCUCUGGGUGUAUACAUACCGAAACAUUUGCUGUCCUGCUCCCAAUAGGAGAUACCUUUUUGGGAAGCACAACUAUAUUUCUGCUUUCUUUCUCCAAUUUGUGACUUAUUCUAGUUUUGGGUCCAUUUCUUUAGGAAAUGACUAGCUAUUUUAAUAUGUUUUUAUUUUUCCGCAUGAUCAGACUACAGCAAAGCAUUGUCUCCGACUUCUGGUGGGUUGAUAUCAUUUUGAUUAGAAUAGGGCAUUUAUCUAGUAUGCUUAACGAAUUGGAAACAAAAAAAUAUCCAGGACACCACGGAGCUAGCAACAAAAAUUUCAAAUGUACCAAAAGAGCAAUCGCUAGACAGUGAAAAUUGUACAAGCUUGUUAAUGCAUUCAAAAAAAUGUCUUAGUCAAUUUGAAAAGGCCAAGUGAGACUAUUAUCUUACCACUGACCUUGUCACUAUCAUCAUUAUUAUCAUCGUCAUCGUCAUUAUUAUCAUCAUCAUUGAUCAUUUCGUUAUCAUCGUCAUGGUCAUUGUUAUUGUGACCCACAAGAAACAACGGGAUGUGCAAGAAAAUUCCUGCCGCUUUAAAAUAAAGAAUAAGGUCACAGCAGCUCUUCAUUUUGUGAAAAGAAAGCCGCAUUCUGAUGUUAGGAAAUCAAACGGUAUUAAUUUCCCCCAUUUUUUUUUUUUUCUUCUAGAUCUGAUUACACCAACCCCGCUCAAAGGUGAGCUGAUCACAAUUUACAAUAUUUACAGAAGUCUAUAUUGUAGUUAAUUAGUUUUGAAAUGAACACGCGAGACAUUUUUACAUAUUUUGACUUUUCAAACAAGCAAUAAUACACUCAUUCACUUAGAAUAAAUUAUCAUCAUCAUCAUCAUCAUCAUCGUCAUCAUUAUAAUUAUCAUUGUUCAUGUUAUUGUCAUCGUCAUGUCGUAGUCAUUGUUACUGUGACCCCAAAGUAAACAACGGGGAUGAGCGAAAAAACUCCUGUCGCUUAAAAAUAAAGGAUAAGGUGACAGUAGUUCUUCAUUUUUUUUAAAAAAGAUAGCCACAUUCUAAUUUUAGGAAACCAAACGGUAUUAAUUUUCUCUCCCUUUUAUUUUUUUACCAGAUCCGCCAACAACACCAUCGCCCAAAGGUGAGCUGAUCACAAUUUACAAUAUUUACAGAAGCCUAUGCCGUGGUUAUAUAGUUUUGAGAUGAACACAAGAUAAAUUAUAUUAUUUUUUGACUUUUCAAACAAGAAACAAUGCACUCAAUUAUUUAGAAAUUUUAAUGUUUUCUCUCGAUAUAUAUAUAUAUAUAUAUAUACAUACAUAUAUUCGUGUGGAAAAGCCGUAAUAAAUUCGGUAAUUGAAUACAAAUUCUUCAAAUAUAUAUAUAUAGAAAGUUCUGUCUGACGAGCGCUUCGGCGCGAUACUCGGAGUCACACAGAGUCGAUGCGUCAUCUUUGAUUCUUUAACUUGUAUGUACAUACAUAUAUUUUCGUGUGGAAAAGCCGUGGUAAAUUCGGUAAUUGAAUACAAAUUCUUCAAAAAUCCUUAGUCGAUGCAUUUUUUUACAGAAUAUUGACUUACUUAUAGGACGCCCACACCCAAACGUUGAACUUUUCUUUACAACAAAAGUUUCCGUGGUUAUAUAGUUUUGAGAUGAACACAAGAUAAAUUAUAUUAUUUUUUGACUUUUCAAACAAGAAACAAUGCACUCAAUUAUUUAGAAAUUUUAAUGUUUUCUCUCGAUAUAUAUAUAUAUAUAUAUAUAUAUAUAUAUAUAUAUAUAUACAUACAUAUAUUCGUGUGGAAAAGCCGUAAUAAAUUCGGUAAUUGAAUACAAAUUCUUCAAAUAUAUAUAUAUAGAAAGUUCUGUCUGACGAGCGCUUCGGCGCGAUACUCGGAGUCACACAGAGUCGAUGCGUCAUCUUUGAUUCUUUAACUUGUAUGUACAUACAUAUAUUUUCGUGUGGAAAAGCCGUGGUAAAUUCGGUAAUUGAAUAUUGACGCCCACACCCAAACGUUGAACUUUGGAUAGUGUUGUUGAUUCCAAACAACUAUCGCCUUACUGUAACUGGUCGCCAUGUUUUCUUUCGGCCAUUUGAGACUUUCUCCAGAAAUGGCUUUGUUUGUCUUUCUUUACAACAAAAGUUUCUGCUAAUUAGGUUAUACCUGUCCUUGGGUGGUGAUUGGAAAAAAUUGCUGCUGCACAGAAUGCUCCAGAAUUCGAGACCUUUUAAUUAAUACCUCCGGAAUUUAAAAUAUGCGUGAAGAUAUGAUAAACUCUACUUAUUCUGUGCAAGGCAUUUUCGGAUUGUAAGAUCAAAUGAACAAAGCAGGCGAUAGCGGGCCGACGGAUCUUCUUGAAACACCAAUAUCUCUGGGUGUAUACAUACCGAAACAUUUGCUGUCCUGCUCCCAAUAGGAGAUACCUUUUUGGGAAGCACAACUAUAUUUCUGCUUUCUUUCUCCAAUUUAUGACUUAUUCUAGUUUUGGGUCCAUUUCUUUAGGAAAUGACUAGCUAUUUUAAUAUGUUUUUAUUUUUCCGCAUGAUCAGACUACAGCAAAGCAUUGUCUCCGACUUCUGGUGGGUUGAUAUCAUUUUGAUUAGAAUAGGGCAUUUAUUUAGUAUACUUAACAAAUUGGAAACAAAAAAAUAUCCAGGACACCACGGAGCUAGCAACAAAAAUUUCAAAUGUACCAAACGAGCAAUCGCUAGACAGUGAAAAUUGUACAAACUUGUUAAUGCAUUCAAAAAAAUGUCUUAGUCAAUUUGAAAAGGCCAAGUGAGACUAUUAUCUUAUCACUGACCUUGUCACUAUCAUCAUUAUUAUCAUCGUCAUCGUCAUUAUUAUCAUCAUCAUUGAUCAUUUCGUUAUCAUCGUCAUGGUCAUUGUUAUUGUGACCCACAAGAAACAACGGGAUGUGCAAGAAAAUUCCUGCCGCUUUAAAAUAAAGAAUAAGGUCACAGCAGCUCUUCAUUUUGUGAAAAGAAAGCUGCAUUCUGAUGUUAGGAAAUCAAACGGUAUUAAUUUUCCCCUAUUUUUUUUUUCUUCCAGAUCUGAUUACACCAACCCCGCUCAAAGGUGAGCUGAUCACAAUUUACAAUAUUUACAGAAGUCUAUACUGAAGUUAAUUAGUUCUGAAAUGAACACGCGAGACAUUUUUACAUAUUUUGACUUUUCAAACAAGCAAUAAUACACUCAUUCACUUAGAAUGAAUUAUCAUCAUCAUCAUCAUCGUCAUUAUUAUCAUUACCAUUGUUCAUGUCAUUGUCAUCGUCAUGUCGUAGUCAUUGUUACUGUGACCCCAAAGUAAACAACGGGGAUGAGCGAAAAAACUCCUGCCGCUUAAAAAUAAAGGAUAAGGUGACAGUAGUUCUUCAUUUUUUUAAAAAAAGAGAGCCACAUUCUAAUUUUAGAAAACCAAACAGUAUUAAUUUUCUCUUACUUUUGUUUUUUACCAGAUCCGCCAACAACACCAUCGCCCAAAGGUGAGCUGAUCACAAUUUACAAUAUUUACAGAAGUCUAUAUUGUAGUUAAAUAGUUUUGAAAUGAACACGCGAGACAUUUUUACAUAUUUUGACUUUUCAAACAAGCAAUAAUACACUCAUUCACUUAGAAAAUUUAAUGUUUUCCCUCUUUAUAAUUCCUCAUCUUUAAUAUUCAAUACUUGCCUUACUACUUUAUAGAUGUAUUAAAAAAAUAAAACAUUGUUCGACUUUUUUUUUUAGUGCAGUUCCGAUAAUUCAAAUUCCAUUACUGCUAGUCACUAGGAUCCCACACCAGAACUGAAAGGUCCCCGAGAAUAUCAAGGCAUUCUUUUAUAAACCAUGAUAAACGCAAAGUCUUAGUUAUUUUCAUCAUGCAUAUGGCCUCAUUUAAACGUUUACUCUACGUUUAAUUGCGGAGUAAACGUCAGAUGACUGAAGCCUCUGUGUAUAAUGUUUUGGCCUGUCGAGUGUUGGAGCUCAAUAUUGCUAGCAUAUCAUAACAUCCCGAUUUUGUUUUGUCUCUCUAGAUUACCAGAGAAUCAUGAUCUUUGUACCUGUCUUUGUUACCUCGAGUGUAUUGGCUGUAGUUACUUUAUUAGCCUUUCUGUAUUACCGCCGACGUAAAAACUACGAAUCCCCAAAUCCUCUGACAGGUUUGUGUGUUAGAUAUGUGUUGAAGUGCAUGUAUUCAGAUUUUAAUGAAAGGUCGACUCGGAUUUAACCCACAUAAUACACACACCAUUGUUAGACUUCAUCACUGCAUGGCGUGAUAUAUAAGUCCAUAAACCACCGUGGGUAUGCUUUAAUGUAGGAAUGAUGGCCUGAGGAGGAUACAACUAAACAAAAAUGGACCUCUCAAUUUCUGGUUUACACGUUUGAUAAGCGUAGAAUAGAAGUAAUUUAAGAAGUAAAACUCGAUUUCCAAAUGUGCUAGGUAAGGAUCAUAAGGUAAGGGUGUGGGCAUAAUUAAGAUUUUAGACUGAGGGUACACUUCUUAAGUAAACUGACCAUGUGCCGAUAGUAAUAUUAGCAACAGUAAAAAUAGUAUUAAUAAUAAUAAUAACAAUAAUAAUAAUAAUAAUAGCGUCAAUAAUUAUCACACACCCGUGCGGUGUUUAUCUGAAUUUUAAUCAGCGAAAACACGCCGAUAAUUCUUGCUGGCUCUGUUUCUGUUUCGUCAUACCCACUGACAGUAGCUUUUAGACUUUUAGAAUUGACGCCAUACCCACACACAUAACUUUAGACGACGCAAGCAGUCGCAUUUUUCUGCAAAGUGCCCGUCCAGUUACGUUUAGCUGAUUAGUCCGAUCCAUCGGUUCCGAUUAAGAUAAGCCUUUUGGAGUUCAAAAUGAAGUUUAAAGUUACUGUGCUAAGGAAUGCUCGAUUCAGGAAACAGUGAACAUUUUAAAACUCUUAAAGGCAGCGAAAUUUGUUUUGGAGUGGACGAUAUUCUCAAAUGCGACACGAAUUGUGGCUGGAAAAUGAAAACAGAACUUGCUAAAUCUAAGUGAGGGUUUGCAAUGUUUCGACUACUCUUGGACCGGUAGAUUUUAUUUUUAAGUGUAGAUAAAUCCUUACAGUAUUGUUCAAUAGAAAAUUAUGUUUUAAAAUCUUAGAACUUUCGCAAUUUUUAAUCACAAUGUUACGCAAUUUUCUGACCGUGAAGUCAAGUGUACAACAAUCCAGGCAUGAUGGAAAUCUACACUUUGUCAUCUUAUGUUUUCACUUAGUUUGAAAUGGGUAAGUAAUAGUUCCAAAUAAUGGACCUUCGAACAAGUGUUGCACACUAAAGCAUCUUGUGUACUAGAUCCCUCUCUUCCUUUCAAAAUUUUUUCAUAUUCACCGAUCAAAAGACCGUAGUCAUGAAGAAAUUGACGGCAACUUACCUGUGUAUUCCUGUGUAUUUUAAAUAACAUCUGCAAUUUGUUUGUUUGCCGCACAUCGAACUUGGUAAGUAUGGUGAAAACGCGCUGUCAUCGAAGUCUAAGGAAGUCAGAGGAACGUCGUCCCUUAAUUAAAACUGUGUGUUAGCAUCAAUGGCGAGGCGAAUGUCUUAGAUGCAAGUUUUUCCUGCAAAGCGGUGUGAGUUUUAAUAAAAGAUCGACAGUUGUGAUACUAUUUUGUUUUAAAGUAAAGGAAAAAAGUUAAGCAUACAUAUAUGCGCCUACCUCAGUUCCUAUUUUUGUAAUCUUUUUUAAGGCGUGUGCGACACUACAAUUGCAUCUUGGGUCUGCUAUAUACCCUGAAUAACUGGUUUCUGCUAGGACUUAAAGAAAUUUCUGCAGAUAAAACAUCAAUAAUCUUUUCUGCGAGCACGGUUUCAUCCCAGGCCAGGCCUGCAUAUAAAUCCAGAGCCCGCUGUGAGCUGCUGUUUUGAAAGCACUGAUCUUGACGAUCAAAAUAAAUAUCACCAACUUCCUUUAAACCCUUUGAUCCUAGGUAAAAAUUUUCCAGGUCAGAAAUUUGGAGACGUGGUAGUCACAUGAAUGAGUAGUCGAAUGAACCCUCUUGAUCUUAUCUAUUAUAAUUAGGUGGCUCCUGCUCAUGUCAACACGAUCUUCGGCAAUUUUCCUGAUGGUUGUAUUUUAAGCAUGAAUUGUUAAGGUGGAGUUCGCAAGACGCUCUUGUAUUCAACUGUGAUCGACCACUUGAUCAAGUCCGUGCUAUAGGUGAUAACUGAAAAACAUCCUUCUUUCUCCCAACCUGCCAUAAAGCCUUAACAGGAUCUAACCUUAGCGGAAAUUCCCCGCUGAUCUAGUGUUAGAAUAGCCUUGGACAUAGAAACUGCUGAAAAGAUGAGGCAGAUAGCUGUCAAGCAAUCGUCUAAAUUGUUCCUUCACGAUAUCAAACUCUGGCCUAACUCUUAAAAAGAAAAAACCUAUCCCACUGUUUCCUCAUAAAUAUUUUUCAACCCCAGGGAUCUAACGAAUUUUUCCUUCGUCAAGGACAAAACUGAAAAAGCUGUAAGAGCUCGGUAUGUUCUUGAAAUGCAAAAAAAGAAAAAAGGAUCUUAAGUUUACUGUGUUUGAAGCAGGUCUUGUCAUUAAUUUCCUACCAACCUUUGCAGGGUGCGUCUCCUGAUGGAAAAGUAUUCGACCUGACAGAGAGAGAUUCGUUUGCUUUAUGAGACAUUUAAGCUCCCUAAAUAUAGGGGAACAGUACUUUUCAAAAGGCUUGGCAAGAUGAUGAUUCCUUUUGUCAAAUAGUGGAUUUGAAACCUUACUUAGAGACAAGAGAAAAUAAUUGGACUUGUUAACGAUCAAUCUAAAAUACUGGUUUCGUGAUUAUCUAGUGCUUCCAAUAAGAUCCAGAAACGUUUCAGUCAGUUAAAUUUUACUCAGUUAAAUGCCACAAACUGAAUGCAGACCAUUCCUAUAAAGCUAUUUCCCUUUUACCCUGACCGUGCUAUUUUUACUGACGGGAACUGAGUAUUGCUGUAUCAUCAUGUGAUGGAGAUUUAAGAAGAAGUCUGUCACAGUUACACCUUUACAAAGGCAAUUGUCAAUUUCAAUUAGCUAAAAAGUAAAAAAUAUUUACAAGACAUUAUUUCGACAUUUCUUUUUCGUAACAAAAAGUGUAGAUCCAGUUAACUACCUAUUGUUGCCAUGUAUGUACCGGUAGCUAUAUAAGUAUAAAGUGUACAUCAGUACUGAUUAUAGUUCAAUGCACACAUUUGACCGUUCUCACUAAUUCAUAUGCCUUAUGGCUCACAUCGUAUAUGAAACAUAGCCACCUAAGAUAUUUUGCUUGGGUAAAAGAAGACUCAACAUCUUACCAAACAAAAUAUAAUAUUUUAUAAACGUUGCCAAGCGAUCGUCACAGGGUGUCUUAAUCACAUUGGACUCUUCAAAUUAUGCAUCUGAGCUCUGGAUGGGGCGAAUGUUCAACCUCAAUUUUAGUUUUUUAGAUCUGAUUCUCUUCCAUACUCCUUGUCUGCCAUGAUAGCAUCUCGGGAACUGAAUCUCCUCAAAAAUAUGCUUGCUGCAAUAAAUUACUAAAGCCAAUCCAGUCCAAUGAACGAUUUGUCUGUCUAAAAUGGAACAAGUGUUGAACUGGGAGACGAAAAGAAAACCCCGUAGAGCAUCUACACCAACCAAGCCCUUAAGGGUGUGCGUUUCCUCAUAGUUAAACAGUACAAUCGAUCCUUGCAGCAUUAUUAAGCCACUUUUCCUGAGGAUCUUUGAGCAUAUUAGAAAUCAAAACACUUCAAUUUGGCCAAAUCUUAAGAUUUUCAAGUUGUAUCAAUGAAACAUUCAAGUUUGCGUGAUUAUUGUAACAAUUAUAAUUGUAUACGCAGCAAUAAUAGACCAUUCUUGACGCUUUCUAGUCAAUUUAUUUCGUCAACGACGAAUUUUUACCCAUUUCCGACCACGUGACGUAUGAAGCAAAAAUGUCUGAUGCGCGAAAAUCGUUUCGUUUCUUUGUAUAAACGUUGUUUUAAUAUAUGGUUAACACGCGGUUCUGAUAUAUCUGACCCAACUGCAUAUGGACUUUGAAAUCCAAAUUUUAAAUAGAGUUGAUUUGCCAUACAGUGGGCACUUUCUUGAACGCGCUUUUGGCAUAACAAGUGCUUAGCAAUAAGUAUCCCAAAACAAUUAUUGUAUACGUUUUUCAUAUGAUAGAUCAAGGCCUCGGUUUGUGUUAACUGCCUCAGCAUUUGGCUUCGGCCUUGAUAACAUUACCUUUCAUACUCAUUGUUAAUUAUUAUCAUUAUUAGCAGUGGUCAUCAUUAUCACUACCAUCAUAGCCAUUAUUAAAUAGAGAAUAAUACAUGGGCGCGCGUAGAUAUGGAAUUUCUCUUCGAGUUUAACACUAGAAGAGAAAUUUCAUAUCUAAAAGCAACAAUGUAUUAUUUUGUUUAUCAUAUAAACACAAAAGCCCUUUACUGGCAAGAAAAGCCGACUUCAUUAAUGAAUGGAAAUAAAUGAAUCGACAAUCCCCAAAUGACAAUCGAAGAGUGCGUUAGCGCUAACUCUUACGAUGGAAAAAUGCGUUGAAUCUCGAUUAUAAAAACAACAAUGGUCGUAAUUUUCAAUUUACAAAAUUCUCAUUUAUUGAAUUUGUCCUAACCGACAGAAGACAGAAGAAGUCUUCAGGUAAACGGCCAAAAUCAGCUAGUGGCAAAUCUUCCAGUUGUCGAUUUUCAUUCUCAGUCGCGAGAAAUGCCAACACCAAAGCCACUGAAUACGUAACUUUCGGUUUUUCUUUUUGUAUAUUGGUUUUUUCCCCUUCUAGGAAAGUUUGAACCUUACUGUCUGUCAGAGAUACGGAUAUUUUAGUGUUUUAGCCUCCAUAAUCCGAGAAAGUUCCGAUAAACUACCUUGUAUUGAGAAUCGUGAAGGCUUUGCCGUUCAUUCAACAAACCGACCGAGUGGCGCCAAAGGCGAGUGACGUGUAAGCAGCUGAUUGGCUAUAUCAACACUCGUCAAAAAAUACGAUAUUUUUUCACGUGUGUUGUUACGGCUUUUCUCAGGGCCGGACAUCCCUGUAUAAAACCGUAGUUUGUGUGAUAAAUAUUGAUAAUUUUAGAUCGUAACCAACAUAACUUCUUAUUUUAUAUAUUUUUAGUGGAUAUCCCUGACCCAACGGGAAAGGUGUUAUAUUUAUCAUUUAACUCAUAUGUUUUUCUUUUCUUUGUUUUGUUUCUUUUUAUUGGGAUUUUUACAAGUUUGCUUUUGAGUAUUUUUUGUUGCUAGUUUUGUUUUGCUAUUAAUUUAUGAAUUUAAAUACGCGACUUGUCAAUAUUCGCAACCAUUCAUAUUCUUCCUGUCGCAAUCUAUAUUCUCAAUUAAAUAUAAUGUUUGUCUUAAUUUUCAGAUCUGAAAUUUGAAUACGAUGCAUUCAUUAUAUACAGUUCCUAUGACUCAGAAUGGGUGGUAAAAACCCUUCUUCCCACUCUAGAAGAAAAGCACGGGUUAAAGUGCUGUGUACACUACAGGGAUUUCACGCUUGGAAUUCCCAUUCGGCAGAACAUGGUGGACAGCGUAUACAGAUGCAAAAAGACAGUGGCUGUUGUCUCCACCAACUUCUUCAACAGCAGUUAUUGUGGAUCCGAACUGGACUACGCCCUCCACCGACUUAUGGAAAAAAAGGACGAUAGUUUAGUUGUCAUAAAACUUGAUAAUGUCGACAGAAACAAACUUCCUAAGGAAUUACAAAGUAGGAGUUACAUAGAUUAUCCUAAGUCCAUUGAAAAGGAAACUUGGGAGAAAAAGCUCGUGAAAUGCUUAAAGGUCAUAAACUAA